AUGGAUGAGCCUGGAGAGAUUCAAUCGACGUUUCCGACUCCUCCUGCUCACUAUGUGCGAUACACGAGCUCUAAUCUACAACUUCUCAGCCAGCUAAAAACAAAACUGGGGUCCGAUGCACCUUCUUACCACCCUGCGUCAGACGACCUACCUUACCCCGACGUACAGGCCAUCCGACAGCAGCACAAUCUCUUGUCCGAUGCGAGAGGUGUGCCCGAUUGGGACUUGCUCGAAUUACAGCCACCCCGAGUAGAUUGGAUCGUAGAGGAGGGCGGAUACUCGACGUUUGGGGAACAGUGGUCUAUCCCAGAGCGACAGCCUACAGUCGAAGAAAUCGGUGUGCGCCAGUUGUACCCAGCGGACCCCAACGUCGACCGUCGUCCCUACUUGCAACAGCUCUUGCACACACUUUUACACAACCACUUUGAAAUGCUUGGCGCGCUCCUGGAGGCCCCUCCUAUCCCUACGCAAGCAGACCCCGAGCCGACUCCAGCUUGGUUGAGAUUGACGGAAUGGACCGAAAUCGCGGGGGUGAACAUGAUUAUGGCUGUGAAUGAUCUGAGGUCGUUGCAGGCUCGUGCGACGCUAGAGGGUAUGAUGGAGACUCAAGUUCGGAAUAGGCGAGACGACGCCAGGGCUAUCAAUGAACGAUGUGAUGCUAUUGAGGCUAUGCUGGGGAAACUAAAAGACCAGUCCCUGGAGUACAAGACUCUCCUAGAAGGAGAAAGUGACUAUACUCUGAUUGAAAAGCAGCCGACUAAAACGUCCACAGACGUGCCAAUCGUAUCACAAAACGAUCUCAUGGAGUGGGCAGAGGAUGUUAAACCGGCUUCCAAAUAG